GCCGCCGUCUACUCAAGCGCGAGCGCCCUAUUGGCUAUCUCAACAAAUUCCGCCGUGGAACCACCCGCAUCGGUCGUGAAGUUCUCGAACCCGAGCAGCCUACGACCUUCAGGAGAGCCAACAUCCGCGAGGGUACCCCGUCCGAUGAAUUCAGACUCCCUUCGCCGCCUGAGAAAUCCCUGUACAAGAGGACAGCAAAGACUCACAUCCGACCCGACAGUCGAGAUCUCCUCAACCGCAGGACCAAGCUCAUCAAGCACCUCUCUCCAACUCUCAACUACAUAGGCCCCAAGGCAAGUGGAAGAUCAUAUUUAUUCAUUCAUUUUGUGGAUCUGAUCCCUUUUUUUAUUACAGACUACAAUACAAGUGAAUUUUGUGGAUUUGUAGGGUUCACAUGUAUGACCACAGGAGCCUGCUGGCAGGAUCCUAUCGGCCUACAGACCAUAUGUACCAUCGUCAAGAAGAUCAUACCAACAUGGACAGACGGACUACACCCGGUACAGCUCAAACUCAUUUCUGUCAUCCUUGAUGGUCAAGACAUACUCUGUUGCACUGCAACUGGUGACGAAAAUCAGCAGCCUUCGCAAUUCCCGGCCUUGUUCUCGUCAAAUACAAUGCACAUCUGGAUGCAUACCCUGCCAGACUUCCUACCCGAAAAAGACCUAUUGGCAUUGUAA